AUGACCCUCACAUCGACUCUGAUAGUAGACGACCUCUCAGCAUACCCCAAGCCAGAAGCAGUACCCGCCGAGGUCCGAAGCGAUGGCAACAGACUCAAGGAUGGAUGGAACAUUGACGAUCUCCACAUCGAGGGCAACGAGGGUGGAAAGAUUCCGAGUACCCACCUCGCCUGGCUGCCGUCCUUGCCUGCCGACGCCCCGAUAGAAGACAUUCGCGCCGCGUACGAACGUGAUGGGGUUAUCCAUGUCAAGGGGCUGCUUCCGCGCGAACAUGUGAUGGAGUGUAGGCGGAGGUUCUUCGAGUUCCUCGAGCCAGCGGGUAUCCUCAAGGAGGGCACAGACCCCGUCGACGGCAUCUACUGCGGCGAGGACCCGAACCAGUUCAACCCCCACGAACGCGACUACCGCAUCCAGACCAACAACGAGCUGCUCCAACUGACAACAACGGCGGGAUACGACCCGCUGAUCAUGGGGUUCACGGACCACCCGGACCUCUUGGACUUCAUCGGGCGCCUAAUGCCCGAGUGGAAGAAGCCAAGCAGGUACAAGAAGCAGCUCAUGCGGACGAAUAUCCCGCACGCGUACAAGUCGGCGACGAGGGUGCACUACGAUCAGAUGUACCUUCGCGGCCAGAAGCCCGGGACGCUCACCGCGUGGAUCCCAGUCGGGGACAUCUCGCCCGUGUCCGGUGGGCUCAUGUACCUCGAGGACAGCUUGUCGCUAGGCAUCGAGAUGGAGAACAAGUGGCGGGCGUACAACAAGAACCUGCCUGUGGACGAGCAGAUGAGCGGGUUCAACAGUAAUAUGCUCCUCGGCGGAGGCCUCACAAGGGACUGCACCACAUUCGCACUCCGAACGAACCGACGCUGGCUCGUCGGCCAGUAUGAGGCGGGGGACGUCGUGUUCCACCAGUGUCGCAUGAUCCACUGUAGCGCGAACAACGAGGAUCCGGACGAGCGCAUCCGAUUCGCGACGGACGUGCGCUUUACGGAUAAGCUCAUGCGUUUCGAGGACAGGUGGGACGAGUAUGGUGAUGAGGAGGAAGUGGAUGACGAGGAGGACGCGGGGGACGAGUAGCGGUCUGUACCAAAGCAUUGUCG